GAAAAUGGAUGGAUGGGAUGGAGAUGCAACUUUUCAUUUUCUGGGCCUGAGUAGUAUCAAAAUGCAAAAGCAUUAUUUUUGUGUCACAAAAAUACAAAGAGAACGUAAAAACAAUCAUUUCAAUGUGUUUUACAACCAACUCUAUUCAGCGGAUUAAAGCGUACCUGCUCUGCUAUCGAUUGAUACGCCUGUUGUCAAGGGAAGGUGACGCGUUGUCCUUGGUUUCAGACAAGCGCGCAUGCGCAGUGCUCAAAACUCACUGGCCAGUCAUGGCGUCCUCGCAAACAUUCAAGCGACGCUAAUGUUUAUAAACCGUAGUUGUCCGCCCCGAGGAGGAAUAUGCAUAACGAUAAGAAACUAAGCAUGGAGGACACAUGGCCUGAAGCAGCGCUCACAAGACAUAUAACCAGGAGGUUGGACGAACACGGCAGGAAGCGCCGAGAAGGAGACUCCGCCGAGAGACGUCGCCGAGACAUGGACCGGGAGUCCGCGGACGGACGUGACGGAAAGAAGGGGGAAAGAAGAAGGGAACGAGACAGGCGUGGACAUGAAUCCAGGGAGGACAGAGACCAGAUGAAGGAUAAAGAGGAGGACAGACAUAGGAGGGAAGAGAAGGAAAGACACCGGGAAGAACGGGACAGGGAACGCAGGACUGAGAGGGAUAAAAGGUCCCAGGAGGACAGGGAACGUAGGUCUGAGAGAGACAGAAGGACACACCAGGACAGGGAAGGAGAUAGAGAUCCGGAACUGAGGAGAGAAGACCGGGACAGGGACCGCAGAACUGAAAGGGACAGAAGGACACACAAGGACCGGGAAGGAGACAGACAUUCGGAACGGAGGAGAGAGGACCGGGACAGGGAACGCAGGACUGAGAGGGACAGAAGGACACACAAGGAUCGGGAAGGAGACAGAGAUUCGGAACUGAGGAGAGAAGACCGGGACAGGGACCGCAGAACUGAGAGGGACAGAAGGACACACCAGGACAGGGAAGGAGACAGAAAUUCGGAACGGAUGAGAGAUGAUAGGGAUGAGGAACGCAGAACUGAAAGGGACAGAAGGACACACCAGGACAGGGAAGGAGACAGAAAUCCGGAACAGAGGAGAGAAGAGCGGGACGGGGAACGCGGGACUGAGAAGGACAGAAGGAUACACGAGGACAGGGAAGGAGACAGAGAUUCGGAACUGAGGAGAGAAGAUAGGGAUGGGGAACGCAGAACUGAAAGGGACAGAAGGACACAUGAGGAAAGGAAAGGAGACAGAGACUCGGAACGGAGGAGAGAGGACCGGGAUAAGGAACGCAGAACUGAGAGAGACCGAAGGACGCACAAGGACAGGGAAAGAGACCGAGAUUCGGAACGGAGGAGAGAGGACCGGGACAGGGAACGCAAGACUGAGCGGGACAGACGGACACGGGAGGACAGGGAAGGAGACAGAGACUCGGAACUGAGGAGAGAAGACCGGGACAGGGAACGCAGAACUGAGAGGGAGGAAAGAGAGCAACACAGGAAGAAUAAAGAAGAGCGAGAGACGAGACACAAGGACAGAAGACAUCAUGACGAAAAGCCAAGACUGGUCACGGAGGAAGGCGCCGACGAGGAACGUGCAGAAAGGAACCGACGUAAAGAGAGGACACGCGGAGAAGACCCGCAGAGACAUCUCAGAGACGGACAAAAAGAACAAGAAAGUCACAGCCAAGAGAGCAGAAGUGGGAAAAAAGCUGAGGAGGACACAAAGCAUGCAGGGGACGUGGCAGCUAAAGAAGCUGGAGACGCAGAACAACCAGUUGCCAUCGAUGUGUCUUCGCAUCAGUAUGAGGAUGACUUUGAGGAUUACGAGGAGGACUUUGAGGAACUCGAUGACAAUGAAGGGGAGGGCGAGGAGGAGGCCGAGGAGGUGAAAGCCAUCCAGCUAGCCAUGGGUGAGGAGAACCAGAGAGUCCGAGCAUCUCUUUCUACUCUUAGUAGAGAAGAAGAGGAAGAAGAGAAGAUGCCUAAAGUAAAGGGAUACGCCCAGACGCCUAGUAAAAGCUCCCAGCGUGGGAAGUUCAUGGACUUUGCAGCGGCCAAGCAACGAGAAGUCAUCAAGAAAGUGUCCAGCAGACAAAAGAAGCGCAGUGCAGACCUGCUUCGCCUCAUUGACCUGGAUUUGUCCACCACGGUGUCCCUGCUGGACCUGCCUCCUGUCAGUGAAUAUGACAUGUACAUUCGGAGCUUUGGAGCCGCCAACACAAAACAGGCUUACGUGCAGUGUAACGAGGACAAUGUGGACCGGGAUGUCCAGACAGAGGAGACGUAUCUCAGUGACAAGUGGACACAACAUCCUGCAGAGCACUGCGGUGCCUGUGGCGAUCCAAACGGGACACAUGACACGCGAGACCUGAGCGGGAUGAACUUGGAUUCGAGACGCUUGGCUGCGUUUCUGCGCUCCGCCUCCCAGGUGAUGGCGGUGCUGCUGGAGGAGGAUCACGCUCAGAGGAGCUCCUUCAAGGGGAGGACCACGCAAACGGACACGCUGUCUUUCAGUGACGGAAGUGUGCAGCUCAACACCGAGCUGCCUUUUCUUCUUGGCCGUGCCGUCAGCUUGCUGAACUUCUCUACCGUCCAAAGACACACGCUGCUCUCCGUCCACCAGCCUGCAGCUUCUGUGGCGCCACUUGGCGAAUGCAGCAUCAUCUGCAUCUGGAGGAUGUGGGAGCCCUCCAGGCCUCAGAAGAUCCUCCUUUUCGAGUCUGAGGUGACGUGCUGCUCUUUCAGCCCGGGAAAGUCCACGUUGGUGUUUGCGGGCACGUCCAUCGGCUCGGUGGCGCUGUGGGAUCUACGCGAGCCUGACGGGGACCACGAGCGCCUGAGGAUCGACGAGGAAGAGUGGACCUUUAGACGACCUACCUUCUCUACCGACGCGCUGUCCUCAGCCCAUUUCUCACCCGUGACGGCCGUGGAGGUUCUUCCCGCCAACGUGCUGGGGGGGCCGGGGUCAGAGGUCCCCUUUUUGGCAUCCGAGGAAGAGUUGCUGGGAUUGUCCUUCCAGCUGGCGUCUAUCGAUGAGCGCGGCCUGUUGAAUCUUUGGGUGGUGCUGCAACUCCCUAAAGCCAACGAGGCGGGUUGUCAGACUGAUCUAGGUCUGAGGCCAGGUGGCAAAGUGAAGCUUCUCCACAGUUCGUGCGUGGCGACCGAGGGGGUCUGCCCGUCGCUUGCAGAGAAAAGUGGGCCACUGCAGACGCUUGCUUUGAAAUUCCUCCCCACCGACUGCAGCCACUUCUUCAUUGGCACCAGCAUGGGUCUGGUCAGUCACGGGACCACUCAGGGUUUGAAGGCCCCACCCAAGUUCUACAGCUCUCAAGAAUUCGGAGCGCGGCUUGUUGACGUCAGUUCCAUCCAAUUUUCUCCUUUCAGGCCAGGCUUGUUCUUGGUGGGCUGCGGGGACGGAAGCGUCCGGCUGCACCGGGUCAGCUGUGACAAGCCGGUGGCUGAGUGGAGCAACAGCACUGCCGGCGAAGCGGUGGUCUCACUGCAGUGGAGCCAGACCAGACCUGCGGUCUUCUGCGUGCUGGACGCCACCUCCAUCCUCCACGUUUGGGACCUGCUGAAGAAGGACUCAGGCCCUGUGGUCUCUGAGCAUAUGGACAGGCUGACGGCCAUGACUGCGUUUGGAGACCCUGGACAACAGAACACGUACUCUGGAAUAGCGACGGCGCAGCAGUCAGGCAAAAUAGAGAUGCACUAUUUCACACAGAACUUCAGCCUCCAAAGUAGCGAAGAAGAGCAAACGUUGGAGAGUAUUAGCCAAUCUCUCUGAACGUUUGCACACUGACAUGAUAGAUCAUGUUAUUCUUUGACAGCAGAUGUCAUCUUUGCUAUCCCGCACGCAUUUUUACCCUCAGAUAUGCUCUCCGGGUACACAUUUUGUGGCAUUUGUACGGUUUCAGUUUCGAGUUAAGUCUGUUGGCCGCGGACAAUCUGCGCGUAGCUACCAGCGAAUCCGAGCGCUCCCUUUUGUAAUAUCAUGCAGCGCAUUUAAUUAUUUUCAAUCAAUGCUGCUUCUGCUAUUUGAAAAAAAAGUAUGAUUCCGUAACUUGCCAUCGCAGAACCACUUAAAAAAGGAUCCCAAAACGCACAAAUUUACAGUGGAACCUCGAUUUAGGAACUUAAACUUGAACAGGGUUCAUAAAUAGAAAAGUUUGCGCACUACCAAUUUUGGAACACCUCAUUUAUAGCAAUGAGUAAGUACAGUAGUACCUAAACUUACGAGCUUCAUUGGUACUGAGACGGAGCUCUUAACGCAAAACACUUGUAUCUCAAAUCACUGUCAUCUUUUGAAAUCAUCUCAGUUGAAAACAGCACAAUUUUAAAAUGUAACAUGUCUUUUAAAAACAACAACACACUUUUAGAUGCAGCAUAUUGUAUAAUAACAGUACAAUAGAAUGUGCUAAUAACAACUACAGCAGUUUUAUGAAGUAAAAGUAUUCUCUGUCAAACACACCAUCAGCAGCUUUUCCAUAUUUUCAUGGAUAAAUGUCCAUUUAGAUAUUAUUUUUGCAUUCUUGGCUUCUGUUAGACUCAUUCUGCUUCAAUAUGGUGCAGACUGGCAGUGGUACAUAGAUAACAUAAAUCAAAUUAUGUUUUUGAUUUAUUUAUUCUUCAAUUCAAUCAUCCGCUUCUUCUUCUAAUCACUGUCCUUCACACUCACUUUCUUCUGUUCCAUAGUUGGAAAAACAAAAGUUAUGUCACUCUCUGGCUAUCAGCUAAUGCUAACGAGUGAGACUGGAUGUUUUGGUCAGAUCUUACAAGGUUCACCGUCACAUUUGCUAUGCCAACUAAUGGCAGAGAUGCUUGUAACUCAAAUCGUUUCUUGCAACUUAAAGCAUAACAAUUAGCACUUUUAAGUUGAGGUACCACUGUACGUCCAAACAUAUCACUGGUACUUUAGAUUAUAACAACUAUUUUAAUACUGAACAUCCUUUGCUGUCAGUCUUAUUGUUUUGUAAACACAACUACUCUAAAGUCCACAACUAUUUGGACAGUGACCGUUUUUUUUAUGCUUUUGUCUUAUACUCCAUUUACAAUGGAUUAUAAAUAAAUCCAUCUUUAUAUACAUCAGCAUAUGAUUGAAGCGUAGAUUUACCACUUUAAUUGAAGAGCUUUGACAAAAUGUAAUUUAGCAUGUAGGAAUUAAAGCUACAGAUAUGUCUGAACACAUACUGAAACUAUGGGCAACAUUUUAACUUGGAUGAAAAUAUUUUGCAGUAAAUGAAGCCUAUGGACAUCUUUUAAAAUAUGAGUAUUAAACAAGAUGAAUAUAUUUACAGUUACAGUAUGUCAUUUGAAUCAUUGAAAAUUAUAUUGAUGUUAUCUAUGUAAUGUCCUUGCAAUUUCUAAAGGGUAAAAGCCAUUAAAGCUGAAACUGAUCACUUCAAUCACAUGCUGAUUUGUUUAUUGAUUUCAACUCCAAUGUUUUUUUUUGUUUUGUUUUAUUCCAAAAAUGUAACUAUCCAAAUAUUUCUGGACUUUCUGUAGCUUGGUUUAAAACAACAGUGACAGCAAGGGAUGUAAAAGUGGUGGUUAAGUUUAUAGUACAGUACCACUCAAAUGUUUACCUACUUCCUGCUAUAAAUGAGCUGUUCGAAAACAUUUGACGGGUUGUGUAUAAUGAAGCAAAUUUCCCCAAACAUGAAUAAUUGGUUCCAGCCUGGACUAAAGUCCUCAUUUUAGUAAAACUUUAUUUUGUACAGCAUAUUAAAACUAGCAUAAAUAACACAGCCAAAACAACAACUAGCUGAACUGUCCUCAAAUACAGCCGCUCUGCCGACACGUGCAAACUCUCUGGUGCACUCAGAAAUCACAAAAUUCUUUAACUUUUAUAGCCAGGUUGGUAAAAUGAUCAAGAAUAUAACAUAAAUACUUAACCUCGUCGGUGAAUCUUCUUGGCGUGCAGGAGGGGAGAGGCAGUGUCGUACAACGUGGAUACUUGCUGAAAGUUUCAAACCACACAUCGCUCAUAUUGAGCUCGCAAAACUACAAAAAUGCUGUAAAAUGGCUAAAAAGAAUCACAGUAGCAAACUACCUGAGUGAGGCUUUUGUCAUUGCAAAUAUUGAAAUACCACUGCUGCUCGUUUGUGCCGUUUAGGUCAUUCUAAACUACCAGUGACGUCACCUCCUCACCUUGUCCUAAACUUACCAAACUUGACCUUAACAUCAAAAAAAGAAAAUGUUUGUGCUUUUAUUAUUCUUUUUUUUGUGAAUGCCCAGGCAUCCACACAUAUAGUAUUGGACACCAAAAAUCCUCUUUUAUUAUUCCGCCCAAAAACUUAAGCGCACUCCACAGCCCACAAUUUUCAUCCGAUCGGAACUGUUCAAGUAUCAAAACGUUUGGCUUGACCGGGAAUUGUGAGCUCGCCAAACAAUAAAAAAAAAAAUAUCCCAGAUUACCCAGAAUUCCUGGUUUUCUGGGUCGUUCUGCCCAUUGAAAAUGAAUGGGCCAUUUCUCGAACUUACACAAUUCCCACAUGUGACGUGACCUCUGUAUCGGGUUCUUCUGGGACCACAGGAAAGGGCACAACACUCUGCUGCGGCGGUUUACAAUAGGUUUAAUUAUUAUUGCACACAAGUGUCAGUUGGCUUUUCAGCUCCUCCUUGGUGUCCUCGCUUCUGCUUUUCAGCACCGCUCUCCCCUCAUGGUUUACGACGCCGCUAAUAAAGGAACAGGUGAUUAGGUAACUCCUUCCAGCCGAGCCAUCCACUCACUUGUCUGCUGCUUCAUGACCGGCCCCUGCACACACCCCGCCCGCAGGGAACGCGUGAACCACGCCCCUCUCCACACCACAUUUCUCAACCGAUUCGAACCGUUUCACCAACCACACACUCCACUCCCCUUGGACAUUUAAACUACCAUUUUCCCAAGUUCAAAAAGAAAUCCAGGAAUUCCUAGAAAUCCCAGUUUUCCAAAGCUCUAUUUCCACCUCUUUCUGAAAAGUUUUCACAGUCCACAUUUUUCAGCCCUUUUUGACCAUUCCACUUUCAAAACUUUCUUCUUAGUUGGGACAACAAAAGUUGUUUUUUUUUCGUGCAAAUUCCAGGAAUUCCGAAAUACCAAUUAAACCACUUGGAAAAACACCAAUCCAUUCAUAUUAUCUAGAUCAAUCGGGCUAGUAUCACUGUUUUGUUUUUAAAAAAUCCUGGUUUUCCCCAAAUUCUUGAAUUUCUAGGAAAUUCCCAUUCAAAUGAAUUGACAUGUUCAUAGUUCUACAAUGUCCAAAAUUGAAAAAACGUUGCACUAUUUUUUUACCCAAUUCCUACCUUUCAACCAAUCCACACACACUUCUUUGCCUAUAUAUCGAACGCAAAACAUGUUUUCCCUUUCUCAAAAUUCCCAGAAUUUCUGGUAAUUUUCUCUCUAUUGACAAUGAAUGGGAAAUAUACAAACCUCUCCAUUCAAGCAUUUCAGUUCCACUUGCACGUAUCGGCGGCUUGCGCACACAGGGCAUUCACACGCAAUUCCUACCGGAAUUGCAAAUUCCUAAUUUUUGUUAAUAUUUUAUUAUCCACCUUGUCCAACUUUGUCCAAAAAUCACAUUUGUGCUAUUAUGGUUUUAAUGUUAACGUUAUAUUAUUCACACACAGCCUCUUUAUUUUGUUUAAAUCUCUCCAAACGUGUCCCAAAUAUUUGUGCUGUCCAAAAUAAUAUAUGUGGUAUUGAUAUUUCAGUAUCAAUCUGCACGUCACUAAGGGUGUAAAUAAUGGUAAAUCGUUAACAAUAAAACCAUAAAAGCACAAAUGUUUUAUUGACUGCACAAACCAAAAUGGUUGGGGACAAUUUUUUUGUGAGAUUUGUCACUUGUGACAUUGAGUGUGUGACAUCACUGGUGAGAAAAUUAAUUUUUAGAAUUACUUAAAAAAUGUCACGGCACAAACACAUUUUUUAACGGCACAAAUGAACGGCAAUGGUAUUUUAGCCACAAUGGCUGCACCACCGGACACAAAAUGGCUGCGCUGCGAGGCACACAAUGGAUGAAUAAUGGAUACCAAAGCAUGUUUAUAUUCGACAAAUGCUUCGCAAAUCGAAAAGUUCCUACAAUGAAUAAUAAUAUUUCUCCAAAGAUAGCAGGUCUGUGAUAGUUUAGCUGAUAGUGUAUAUUAGCACUUUUAUGAUAUUUUUACUUGAUCACGGGACCAAAGAUUUUACUGUGUUGUAAUAUUUCUACUUUUUCACUGACUUUCUACUGUACAAUAUUAAAACAUAUCAAACAUACAUUUAGUGUCCACUCAAGGAAAUCUUUAUUUUCAGACAUUGCAUUUUAGUCAAGAAAAAAACCUGUGUAUAAUAAAUUAGAAGUAUGCGAAAUUGAUCUUUUUUCAGCUACACUUGAAUGCAAGCAGUUUCUACUUGUAUUCACUUGUAGUUCAGACUUGAUGAAUACUUAGUUGAAAUUGUUAAAAUUUUAAGCUAAGUCCCAAAAAGGAUGAUUUUUCUUCUGUGACCUUGACAGACAUUUGCAAAUGUUUUAACGCCGUGUCACUCUGCAGCAUUGUAACGUGUAGUACUACUCACACUUGUGAGAUGGGGUCAAGCUGACACCUUUGAAGGCUGGAAUAUGUUCCAGUCUUCACGCUUGUGACACUUUUAGCUUCUCUUUCCACCACAUGCUGGAACACAGGGGCAGUAGUCCAUUAGGGGGAGUUAAAAAAAAAAAAAAAGGCAUGCAAAAACAAGCUGCCACUCACCUGCUAUCUAAACUCAUUUGCAUACACAUCUGAUAUCUAGACCAAGGGUCUCCAACAGGGCCGUCCACAGAGUUACAGUAUUGUAGACUGAUUAUGGACAUGAUUAAGUAUAGAUUUGGUAUGCGAACGCACGUAUGUAUACUGUAUAUAGGUGUGUGUAUACAGUAUAUACAUCCAUCCAUUUUCUACCUCUUGUCCCUUUCGGGGUCGCUGGAGCCUAUCUCAGCUGCAUUAUAUUUUUAGAGAUAUAUAUAUAUAUAUAUACACUACCGUUCAAAAGUUUGGGGUCACAUUGAAAUGUCCUUAUUUUUGAAGGAAAAGCACUGUACUUUUCAAUGAAGAUAACUUUAAACUAGUCUUAACUUUAAAGAAAUACACUCUAUACAUUGCUAAUGUGGUAAAUGACUAUUCUAGCUGCAAAUGUCUGGUUUUUGGUGCAAUAUCUACAUAGGUGUAUAGUGGCCCAUUUCCAGCAACUAUCACUCCAGUGUUCUAAUGGUACAUUGUGUUUGCUCAUUGGCUCAGAAGGCUAAUUGAUGAUUAGAAAACCCUUGUGCAAUCAUGUUCACACAUCUGAAAACAGUUUAGCUCGUUACAGAAGCUACAAAACUGACCUUCCUUUGAGCAGAUUGAGUUUCUGGAGCAUCACAUUUGUGGGGUCAAUUAAACGCUCAAAAUGGCCAGAAAAAGAGAACUUUCAUCUGAAACUCGACAGUCUAUUCUUGUUCUUAGAAAUGAAGGCUAUUCCACAAAAUUGUUUGGGUGACCCCAAACUUUUGAACGGUAGUGUA